AGCUUUAAAUUAGUGUUGCAUUUUUCUUAUUUUCAGCCAUUCCAAGUCAGCGAGUCCUACAUUUUCUACAAAUUCGUCAAAGGGUAAUUAUAAUUAAUGAUCAGACGAUAUUAUGACAAGAACCUUAAUUAAAACCAUGCAUAUAUGGGGAAAGUAUGGGGUUUAACUUUCUCGAACGGGUGCAUUCUUUAAAAGUAUAUAUAGCUGAAUGAAAAUGCCUUAUUAUGCUUAAAAUCGGCAACUAAAAAUAUUAUCUAGUUUCAUCACCAAAAUGCUGAAAAAGAAUUCUAUUGUCGAGCUCGAAGUAGCCAAUGUAGACGAAAACAAAACUGAAUCUUCUCCUGAAGUUGUCACUACCUUGGAAGAUAUUGAAUGUUUCCCUGUCUUUAGUCGUCCUUUGAUCCCAUUACUUGGAUCUUGUUUCUUGGUUUAUUUUGUUUCAACUACUACUGGUUUUGAUGGUUCACUUAUGUCAAGUAUUUACACACAAGAUGAUUAUCUUGCCAGAUUUAAUUUGGAUAUUGAUUCUUCUACUGGUACUGGUUUAGUUUUUUCCAUUUAUAAUAUUGCACAAGUAGUUGCAGCUUUCUUCUGUCCCUUGAUUGAUUACUUAGGUAGAAAGAAACUCAUUAUGGUUGGAUGUUUAGGUAUUGUAGUAGGAGGUGUCAUUACUGCUGUUGCUCAAAGUGUUGGUACAUUAAUUGCUGGUAGAUUCUUCUUAUCAUUCUUCACUACAUUAGCAAACUCUGCUUCUUCCUUGUACGUUACAGAAAUAGCUCCACCUAAUGCUAGAGCUAGAGUUGCUGGUUGUUACAACACUUUAUGGUACUGUGGUUCCAUUCUUGCUGCUUUCACUGCUUUUGGUGCUAACAGAUAUCAUGCUGGUAGUGAAUUAAGUUUCAGAUUACCUCUUGGUAUGCAAUGUGUGUUCCCUGGUAUAGUUGUUAUUUUUGGUUGGUUAAUUCCUGAAAGUCCAAGAUGGUUAGUUGGUGUUGGAAAAGUCGAAGAAGCAAAGAGAGUUAUCACCAAAUACCACUGUAAUGGAGAUGAAACUCACCCACUUUUAAAUUUUGAAAUUGCCGAAAUCCAAGCAUCAUUCGAGAUGGGUAACUUGGAAGAUCCUAAGAAGUUGUUGGAUUUGAGACCUAUUUUCAAAAAUAACAAUGCUUAUAGAUCUCUUUUAGUUAUUGGUAUGGCUUGGUUUGGUCAAUUUUCAGGAAACAAUUGUAAUUCUUAUUACCUUCCAACAAUGUUAAGAAAAGUAGGAAUUAAGUCUAUCUCAAAAGUUGUUUUAAUGAAUGCCGCUUAUUCGAUUAUGUCAUGGGUGGCAUCCAUUGCUGGUGCUUUAACUCAUGAAAUGGCUGGAAGAAGAAAAAUGUUCAUGUUUUCAACUUUAGCUUCUGCUACUGCUUUGGCUGGUUUAGCUGUAUCUACCGCUAGAUAUAUGGCUACCGAAGCUAAUGCAGCAUCACAAAGUGCACUUGCUUUCGUAUUCUUAUUUGGUAUAUUAUUUUCAUUUGGGUUCACUCCAAUGCAAGUCGUUUAUCCAGCUGAAGUUUCCUCAAAUGCUUUGAGAUCCAGAUCCUUCGUUGUCUUGAACAUUGUUUCCGGAGCAGCUCAAUUUAUUAAUCAAUUUGUUACACCAACUGCUAUGAAAAAUAUUUCCUACUGGUUCUACGUAUUCUAUGUUUUCUUUGAUAUUUUUGAAUUUUUGGUUGUUUACUUCUUCUUUGUUGAAACUAAAGGAAAGACCUUGGAAGAAAUGGAUGAAAUCUUUGCCGCUAAAAAUCCAAGAAAAGCUUCCGUGGGUAAUUACGAAGAUGAAAAUGAAAAAUCUAAACAAGCUAUUCAAGCUGUUGCUCAAAGAUUUGCUCAAAAUAAGGCCGAACAAAAUGUUUAA